UCCUAAAAUGUAGGCAACCUAAAAGGAUUCUGACCCAGACCUUGCCAGGAAUGCCUUCCUUUUCCCUGAAACUCUACUUUAAGUAUUUAUGAUGAAGUUUUGUACUGUAGCUUAUAGAACAAUUAAGCAGGCACUUGGCCUCCCCACGGCCCGGAGUGCUGGUGCUUCCUCCUGCCGUGUGAAGGGCUGCUGCCCAGGUCCCUCGCUGACUCAUGCCUGUGCUGUGUUCUGACUCCAGGCCCCGCCGUCCAUGGUCAACUCAGAGCAGCGCCAGCACGCUGAGCACAUCUUCCUGUCCUUCAGGAAGUCAAAGUCACCCUUUGCAGUUUGCAAGCACAUUUUGGUUCUUCAUGCUUUGGAAGUAACAGUUGAAGAGAGGUGAGGAAAGUUUGUGAAAUUGUGAUCGGUGAUUAGCUGCCACCUGCCUGAGGUGUCUUCUGAGAGGAACUAACCUCUUUGUGGUGCUAGAGCAAGGUCACUGGAUAAAAAAGGACCAGAGACGAGCAAGGUGGACUACGUCCUGUUCCAAGCGGCCACAGCCAUGAUGGAGGCGGUUGUGCGGGAGUGGAUCCUCCUGGAGAAAGGCAGCGUCGAGUCCCUGCGCACCUUCCUGCUGACCUACGUCCUCCAGAGGCCCAACCUCCAAAAGUAUGUUCGGGAACAGAUUCUAUUAGCAGUAGCAGUAAUUGUAAAACGAGGAUCGUUAGAUAAAUCAAUUGACUGCAAAAGCAUUUUUCAUGAAGUCAGCCAGUUGAUAAGCAGUGGCAGCCCCACUGUGCAAACUCUGGCGUGCUCUAUUCUAACUGCACUGUUGAGUGAGUUCUCAAGUUCCAGUAAAACUAGCAACAUUGGACUGAGCAUGGAAUUCCAUGGCAACUGCAAGAGAGUUUUCCAGGAAGAAGACCUUCGUCAGAUCUUCAUGUUAACUGUUGAGGUCCUGCAGGAGUUCAGCAGGCGGGAGACCCUCAGUGCUCAGAUGUCUUCAGUUUUCCAGCGGUACCUUGCUCUCGCCAACCAAGUCUUGAGCUGGAACUUUCUUCCUCCAAAUUUGGGCAGACACUAUAUAGCCAUGUUUGAAUCCUCACAAAAUGUGCUCUUGAAGCCAACGGAGUCCUGGCGGGAGGCCCUUCUGGACAGCAGGGUCAUGGAGCUGUUCUUUACCGUACACCGCAAGGUCAGAGAAGACUCGGACAUGGCCCAGGACUCGCUGCAGUGCCUCGCGCAGCUGGCCUCGCUGCACGGCCCCGUCUUCCCCGACGAGGGGGCGCAGGUGGACUACCUGGCACACUUCAUCGAGGGCUUGCUGAGCACGGUCAACGGGAUCGAGAUAGAGGACUCUGAGGCCGUGGGCGUCUCCAGCAUCAUCAGCAACCUGAUAACCGUGUUCCCCCGGAGCGUCCUGACCGCCAUCCCCACGGAGCUCUUCUCCUCCUUCGUGAACUGCCUCACGCACCUCACGUGCUCUUUUGGGCGGAGCGCCGCGCUGGAGGAGGUGCUGGACAAGGACGACAUGGUGUACAUGGAGGCAUACGACCGGCUGCUGGAGUCCUGGCUCACUUUGGUCCAAGACGACAAACAUUUUCAUAAAGGCUUCUUCACCCAACACGCAGUUCAAGUUUUCAAUUCCUACAUUCAGUGCCACCUGGCUGCUCCCGACGGCACGAGGAAUUUGACUGCCAAUGGUGUGGCCUCUCGCGAGGAGGAGGAAAUAAGUGAGCUUCAGGAGGAUGACCGAGACCAGUUUUCGGAUCAGCUGGCCAGCGUGGGAAUGCUAGGGCGCAUUGCUGCUGAGCACUGUGUGCCUCUCCUGACCAGCUUGCUAGAGGAGCGAGUGGCGCGGCUGCAUGGGCAGCUCCAGCGGCGGCAGCAGCUCCUCGCCUCGGCCACUCCGGGCGCGGCGGACGGCCGGGCGCUCGACGACCUGUACGAAGACAUUCACUGGCUUAUUUUAGUUACAGGCUACCUCUUAGCUGAUGAUACUCAGGGAGAGACUCCGCUAAUACCUCCAGAAAUAAUGGAAUAUUCCAUUAAGCAUGCAUCCGAAGUUGACAUUAAUACAACACUUCAAAUUUUGGGAUCUCCAGGAGAAAAGGCUUCUUCCAUCCCAGGGCACAACAGAACAGAUUCUGUGAUUAGGCUAUUAUCUGCCAUUCUCAGAGUUUCAGAAGUUGAAUCUCGAGCAAUAAGAGCAGAUCUCACUCAUCUACUAAGCCCUCAGAUGGGCAAAGAUAUUGUGUGGUUUCUAAAACGCUGGGCAAAGACUUAUCUCCUGGUGGAUGAGAAACUGUAUGAUCAGAUAAGUGUGCCAUUCAGUACGGCGUUUGGAGCAGACACAGAGGGCUCUCAGUGGAUUGUGGGCUACCUCUUACAGAAGGUCCUCAGCAACCUCUCGGUGUGCAGCAGUGAGCAGGACCUGGCCAGCGACACCGUGCAGCUCCUGGUCACGCUGGUGGAGAGAAGGGAGAGGGCAAACUUAGUGAUUCAGUGUGAAAACUGGUGGAACUUAGCUAAGCAGUUUGCAAGCCGAAGUCCCCCUCUGAAUUUCCUGUCCAGCCCUGUGCAGAGGACGCUGAUGAAGGCCCUCGUCCUGGGUGGGUUCGCACACAUGGACACAGAGACCAAGCAGCAGUACUGGACAGAGGUUCUUCAGCCACUUCAGCAGCGAUUCCUGAGGGUGAUAAAUCAGGAGAACUUCCAGCAGCUGUGCCAGCAGGAGGAGGUCAAGCAGGAGAUCACGGCCACUCUGGAGGCCCUGUGCGGCAUUGCCGAGGCCACCCAGGUUGACAAUGUGGCGAUCCUUUUUAAUUUUUUAAUGGACUUCCUUACCAAUUGCAUUGGAUUGAUGGAAGUUUAUAGAAAUACCCCAGAGACCAUCAACCUCAUAAUAGAAGUGUUCGUAGAAGUUGCACAUAAGCAGAUAUGCUACCUUGGAGAGUCCAAAGCUAUGAACUUGUAUGAAGCCUGCCUCACUUUGCUGCAAGUCUACUCAAAGAAUAACCUGGGGCGGCAGAGGAUAGACGUCACGGCGGAGGAGGAGCAGUACCAGGACCUGCUCCUCAUCAUGGAGCUCCUCACCAACCUGCUGUCCAAGGAGUUCAUCGACUUCAGCGACACAGACGAGGUGUUCCGAGGGCAGGAGGUGGGGCCGACGGCCGGCAGGCCCGUGUCAGCUGCGGACGUCGUGCUGUACGGGGUGAACCUGAUUCUGCCCUUGAUGUCCCAGGACCUCCUGAAGUUUCCCACCCUUUGUAAUCAGUACUACAAAUUAAUCACAUUUAUCUGUGAGAUUUUUCCUGAAAAAAUACCACAGCUUCCUGAGGAUCUGUUUAAGAGUCUGAUGUACUCGCUGGAACUAGGAAUGACAUCAAUGAGCUCGGAGGUUUGCCAGCUGUGCCUGGAGGCGUUGACGCCCUUAGCGGAGCAGUGUGCCAAAGCGCAGGAGUCGGACUCGCCGCUGUUCCUGGCCACACGGCACUUCCUCAAGCUGGUUUUUGAUAUGCUGGUUUUGCAAAAGCACAACACGGAGAUGACCACUGCGGCCGGAGAAGCUUUCUACACGUUGGUGUGCUUGCAUCAGGCUGAAUACUCUGAGUUGGUUGAAACGUUACUAUCGAGUCAGCAAGACCCGAUUAUUUACCAGAGGUUAGCGGAUGCCUUCAACAAGCUCACAGCCAGCAGCACUCCGCCCGCGCUGGAUCGCAAGCAGAAGAUGGCCUUCCUGAAGAGUCUAGAAGAGUUUAUGGCGAAUGUUGGUGGUCUCCUUUGUGUCAAAUAA